GGACGUUGCUCGUGACCACAGGAAGCUCAGACAAUUAACGCUCCAUGAAGCACCGCGUCGCCUUCCGCAAGCUCAACCGCACGUCUGCUCAUCGCGAGGCGAUGCUGCGUACCAUGGUGACGCAGCUCAUCGAGCACGAGCGCAUUCGCACGACGCUGCCCAAGGCGAAGGAGCUGCGUCGUAUUGCCGAUAAGGUGGUGACGAUGGCUAAGCAGGGCGAUGAGCCCGCUCGUAAGCGCGCCCAAAGCGUUCUACGUACGCCCGAGGCACUCACCAAGCUCUUCGACGUCGUGGGUCCUCGCUACGCACUUCGUGAGGGUGGCUACACGCGUAUCCUCAAGGCCGAUUUCCGCAAGGGUGACGGCGCCGAGAUGGCUGUCAUUGAAUACGUCGACCGACCGGGCGAGAUGCGCAAGGCGAAGCCGCCCACGGGCAUUGAGGCUGCUCGCGCUGUCUUUGAAGCUCAGGCUGAGGCUACCCAAUAAGUGUAAGCGAGGCUGAUACCACGCUACUUGACAUUACUGGACAAGAGAUAUCUAAACGCCUUCAUCAUCCAGUUAACGAGUCUUAGGCCUUGGAUUUCCUACCAUAUUGCCGUGUCGUCUGCUCCUGGUGUUCGAUCUCGUCUUCCGACGCAGGUGCAGCGCCUUCCAAGUGUGCGAGUCGGUCGUCCACCGUCACCAUGAGCCCUUUGACCUUGUCCAUUUCGUCUCUCAAUCUCGCAACUUCGUUCCUAUCUGCGGCCAGUUUCUGCAUCGUUUCAUGACACGCUAUUGCUGCUUGUUUCAUCCACUCAUCUUCUCCACUUUCACCUUUCUGCAUGGGGUCUCCCAGUGUGUAACUUGUGAUUGCCUCGGUCGAAAAACUAAAUAAGUCCCGGAUCCCAUCCAACGCCACUGGCGUAGUUAAAUAUUUGCGUCCGAGGACGGCUUGGCAGUUAUGACACAGUAAUUCAUAGUACGAACUACCUGCGUCCAGUCCGCUAUUGGCUGUUUGCACUUCAGGAGCCAGCGCCACGUUGGUCACGUGACUUAACGUUACUAGCCAGAGCUGCUCUGUGGAGCACACGAAGGCGUAGGAAUC